AAGUUGUAUCAGUAGCAGAAAAGCGAUUGUGUGUUCCAGAAGGCAAUACCCUGGGAAAACCGCCUGCCAAAGUCCGCACAUGGACAGAAUCAGAAGCUUCUCAUAAGAGAUGUUUGUUUGGGAAAGAUAAUAUCAGUACAGAAAAGUCAAAAUGGACAACUUCCAAAGAUUCUGCUAUUGUCCAGUAUAUAUGUCUUUACUGGGAAUAUGCCCACAAAAACAAAUGGCCAACAAUGAAAAACCCUCAUUUUUGGGAUGGUUGUGCACAAGCUGUAAUGAACAUAUGCAAAACAAUGAGAACUGGUGAGAGCAAGUAUUUCUUUUAUGUAAGUGAAUAA